UGUGUGAUGGCGGUGCUUAUUUACCACCGCGGACUGAAGGAACAAGUUGUAGCCUACAGUACAGCACCCAACCACAACAAGCUUUAGAAUGUUGGGGGCAAAAGGCGCACAGGUGAACGUCUUACCUCACAAAGCCAACAAUGACGGAAUAAUGGAUUCUUGACCUGGUCUAGUCGAAGAAAUAUCUCUGCGCGUUGUCCACAUCCUCUCCACCUGACAACCACACACAAACACAGAACUGCAAAGUUGGCUGCUGUCCGGCGUCCAUCUCAAGUUCCGUGUUCAGUGGUACAGUGUGCGGUCAACAUGGAUGAAUUCCCCCCCAAAUUCAGCAAGGUGCUGGUGACACCUGAUCCGCAGUACAUACCGGGGUAUGCAGGUUACUGCCCCCAGCUGAAGUACCACCUGGGGAAGACCUACGGCCAGCUGACUGCCAAGCUGCUGUCCUCUCCGGAGGUUUCACGCUCGCGUCGCCUGGUCCUCCACACGGGCCGCUUCCCCUCCACAGAGACAGACACGGGCCCGCGGGACGAGAACUGGAGGAGCCACCAUGGAGAACGCAGGAAUCUAGAGAGGAUGAUACCGGGCUACACUGGCUUUGUCCCCAAAAGCCAGAACUACUUCUCCCGUACCUACGCAGAGACGUGUCGCGAGGCACUAUCUGAGUUUGACCGAGACCAGCAGAGGAGGGUUCGUCUGGCACCAGCAAACAUACCGCUUGUCAGCAACACCACCAAUUCCGAGUUUAAACCUCGGAGACUGAGCCCCCCUCUGACGGCCAUCUCCAAAGAUCCAGACCCCUACGAGGCCCUGGACCCCUGGAAGCCCAAAGUGUCUCCUUACUUCAUGGAGGACAGCAGUCCACACAAGUACUUCAUCUCAGGUUUCACAGGGUACGUGCCCAAAUCUCGCUUCCUGAUUGGCACGGGCUACCCCAUCACCACCAACAAGGCCCUGGUCCAGUUUGGAAAAGAAAUGAGGAGUGACCCCACCUCCCUGCGCCUCCCUGGGGAGGAAUCAGGAGUUCUACCCCCCAUCCCCACAGUCUACCCAUCCCACCGGGGCCUGCUGCCCUCCUACACCGGCCAUGUUCCAGGACACAAGUUCAGGUACGGCCAGACCUUUGGGCAGCUUACCCACAACGCCCUGGGGCUAAGCGGCACUCAGAAGAUAGAGGCCAGAGCUCAGUAACGGAGGAUCUCGACUGGUGCCAAAAUGAGCCAUGAUCAAAUCCACUGCCAAGCUCACAGAUUUCAGCAGACCUGGAGAAACAUGGAAAGAAGCAAUCAGGAGUUAGCUCAUUUAAUAUUCUGUGCCAUGCAGGGGGGUUAUCAAAAUGCCUGAGGGACUGACAUAAAACACAUUUGAUUCAUUAACCAGAAACAUCAGACACUGAAUAAAAAGGGUGUAUAUACAGAACCACAUGGGAACAUCCAUGAUUCAUCUCCCUUCCAUCUUGCUCUGGCUCUCUCUAAAAUGUCAGGGUGCAUUGUUAAUGCGUAUUGAAUCUGCCUUACAAUGCUCUCCCCUGCCAAACAGACAGUACAUCACUGUUCACGCUUUGCUUUCACAAGACAAUGUGCAUACAAGCACGGCAUUGACAUUUACAUUGUUUGGUUCUAAUCAUGUGUGUCUGUAUUGUGACACUAAAAUAACAUACAUCUGUGAAUCAUAUAUCCAGCGUAUCAACAACACUGCACCCACUGCAACAAACAUAAACUGGAGCUUGCACACUCACAUACACACACACACACACACUAAAUGUCUCAGCCAAUCCAAUGCAGGGAGAGAAAAAUAGGUCAUGUUUUAAAGAAACCCCCUUCAGGGUAUUGAAGGCACUGCUGCAGAAAGCUCUGCUGCAGAAAGCUCUGCUGCUGUUCUCUUUAGAACCCAGCAGCAGCACAGAGUAACAGACAGUGUAGGAUUCCAGUUUCCCAUAAUGACUGUUCAGUAAUAAUCUAAUGACUCUCCAUCUUGACAUAACACUAGAUUACUGACACUGUCUACCCACCACACACAUCCUCUGAUUUAUACAUUGACAUCACACACAGUCAACAUCACAUCACACAAUCCACAUGAUAUGCUCUCGGCUCAAAACACCCUUAACCCCAUUAACUUAACUCCGUUUUGUUCUACGACCCCCACAAGUUUCUUGGGACUUGUCUGAAGUCGGUACAGCCGACCCGCCAACUUCUGCCCGUACAGUUUUGGCUACACACUAACUAUGAGAGCUUUGUGUAAAGUUGAGAAGUACUGUAUAUAUGGAGACUGUUUAGUAACAGGGUUCAAAACAGUGGUGGAUAAAGUAUCAAAAUGUCAUUCUGUAGUAAAAGUAAAGAUACCUUAUAGAAAGAUAGAAAGUUACUCAAGUAUUUGGUUCCAAAUAUACUUAAGUAUCAAAAGUAAAUGUAAUUGCUAAAUACUUAAGUAUCAAAAGUAAAGGUAGAAGUAUAAAUCAUUUCAAAUUCUGCAAAGCAGACUGCACCAUUUUCUUGUUUUUAAAAGGUACAAAUAGCCAGGUGCACACUUCACCACUCAGACAUAAUUGACAAAAGAUGCAUUUGUGUUGAGUGAGUCCGCCAGAUCAGAGGCAGAAGGGAUGACCAUGUGUUGUCUUGAUGAGUGCGUGAAUUACACAAUUUUCCUGUCCUGCUAAGCAUUCAAAAUGUAAUGAGUACUUUUGGGUGUCAGGUAAAAUGUAUGGAGUAAAAAAUACAUUAUUUUCUUUAGGAAUGUAGUGAAGUAAAAAUAAAAGUUGUCAAAAAUAUAAAUAGUAAAGUACAGAUACCCCCAAAAAUAUUUAAGUAGUACUUUACACCACUGGUUAAAAAUAUAUAUAUUUGUUCCCUGAUCUUUCUUAUGUCUCUGAGAUAUAGGAUAGAGACUUCCUUUAGAUUUGUUUUUUGGACUAUCUGUUGUUCUAUGUAGUGAAUAUGUUAUUCAAUACGUUUGUAUGGGCUAAUAGUAAGGCCAAAUAAAAAAAAUCAUAAUUUUUGUUUUACAUAUACAGUACCAGUCAAAUGUUUGAUUACCAGCACGUGUACUCCGAGCAUGCGCUGACCAACUGGCAAGUGUCUUCACUGACAUUUUCAACCUGUCCCUGGCCGAGUCUGUAAUACCAACAUGUUUCAAGCAGACCACCAUAGUCCCUGUGCCCAUGAACACUAAGGUAACCUGCCUAAAUGACUACUAACCCGUAGCACUCACGUCUCUAGCCAUGAAGUGGCUCUCAUCAACACCAUCAUCCCAGAAACCCUAGACCCACUCCCAUUUGC